AUGGCGCCGAAGGUGAAGAGGGUCGCCUCUAAGAAAAGGAAAGAACCUUCUUCCUCGGGCGCUGCUGAGGCUUCUGCGGCCGAAGAUCGAGGGGAGGUGCCGACUGCCGAGGAGCCUGCGGCCGAGCCUAUCUUGAUUUCAGAUGACGAUUCUGAAGGUCGUGCGACCCCCGUCGCUUCAGACCCUGCUCCCGAGCCGGGAGAUGAACCCUGCCUUGAGAUCCCGCCCAUUACGGCGCUCGCUCCGGGCCAAGAACCUGCUCCCUCCGAGUCCUUGUCCUGGCAGGCUCGCAUCGAAGAGUUCGAGAGCGCUGCCUAUGCAGGUGCGGUUGAGAAAGUGAUCUCCAUUCCUUCCGACGAAGAGGAGGGGGCUGGAAAUGAAGAGGGGUUCAUAGGCUCAGCUGAUCCUGCCCAUGAAGUUGUUGGCAAAGAGGAUCCUCCCUCUUGGACGGGUCGCUCGCCUGAGGAGGUGGGCGGAUCUGAGGAGGAUGACGACGUCUCGGUUCAUGAGGCGCUAUCAAGUGAGAAAGAGGUUCGGGCUCGUGAAGAUGCGCCCAGCCAAAUAGGGGGAUCUCCCGCUCCUGAGGAAGCUUCUACGGUUAUGACCACAGGUACUUCGACCGCGAUUUCAUCCACGGUGGAGGAGGCUGCCCUCUCUCCCUUGGAGCGCGAGCGAAAAAGGAGUGCGGCGCGAUCCGUGGCUGAUUUCCAAGACACUCUAGCCGGCUGCAUCAAGCUUGCUUUGGAGGAGAGUUGUCCCUUCGAGAGUUUCGAAGAGGAUCUCGACUACAUCGUCAAGGCUGAGGAUGAACGAGUGUCCCUCGAGCAACAGAAGGCCGAUAACCGCGUUUCUCGCUUGUCUUUGGAGGUAGAGAAUCUGAAGCAAGUCAUAGCUAAAGCGCAAGCCUCAUUGGCCAUUCAAGAGAAGGCUCGUGAAGAGGCGGCCAAGGAAUUGGAGAGCAUUGAAUCCCAUCGGACACUGACGGCUAAUUCCAUUGAGGAAAAGGAUCGAGCCUAUAGGGAGGUCAAAGAGACCGUCCAAGACUUGGCCUCACGCACUGAGGAAGAUCUUCGCCAAGAGAUCCUGAGGAGGCUAGAGCAUCGUCAUGCUAGGGAGAUUCGUGAGGCGGAACUGCGGUUGAAAGCUUUGUAA